AUGGCCGCCGAAAGAUUCUUUUCGAGAGAGAACGAACAGACGCUCCCCGUGCAUUCACGGUCCCAAGCAGGCCCCGCGCCGACUUGGUCUGGGGCUGAUGCGAAUCUGCCCACGGGCGCCUACGCUUCGAAUUCAACAAUCGCGCAUCCUCCACCCACGGAUCUCAUAGUAUCCCAGACGGAUGCGCCUGUAUCGUCAUCCCCUGCGACAGUGCAACAGCCCGUGCAGCCCGCCUCCGAAGAUAUAACGAUCGUGGAGCGCAAUGUCCCCUCCAAAGUCCGCAAGCCCCGCAAGGCAGCCAAUGCCUCGGUGGGCAAGGCCACUCUCUUCUGGGUCAACACGGAUGCCGACUCGGCUGCGACGGGGACGAAAGAGGAGACACUGAAGCGCAUUCGGUCGCAUGUGAUGUCAGAACAUAACCGCAAGAAACGCUUAGAGAGCACCAAAAAGUACAAAGGCAAGACCUGGAAGCACCUGGCCUUUCAACCUCCGGAGACGGUUUCGGAUGGGGCUGUCGUAAGUCGCAAUGCGAGUUUGACGCCCUCGAGUUCGUCAACCAGCACUCAAUGGGAGUCUCAAGUGAGCGGUUCUUCACCAGUGACACAUGGUGUCAGUCCGACCACAACAAGUCAAGGUCAUCGUCCCUCUCCCACUACUGUGCUAGAGAACCAAGAUUUGCCGAACGGAGCCGAUGUCUCCUGGGAUGAGGGAACGCAAGGCGAUGAAGUGAUCCAACAUUCUUCAACUUUGUUACGUGACUCACCGUGGUCCUAUGUCGGAUCCGGUGCGAAUGAUCCAUUCAAUACGGGUCACACGCAACUGACCGAUCGAAUGAUGCGGCACUUGCACAUUUUCUUGUGGGACCUCACCCAGGAAGCGCAUCCUUUACAGACGCGAUAUAAACCCAAACUUCAGGCUCAUUGGGCCGCUCUCUUGCAGCGUGACCCGUCUAUCCUCCAUGCUGCCAUUUGCAUGGCUACUUCCAACGCGGCUAUGCAACGAGGCGAACUUCCCCUGCGAGAUCCGGAACAGCAGCGCAGUGCCUUAGUCGUUGACACCUUUCAUCACAGGGGCGAGACAAUUCGCCUCGUGAAUGAAGGCUUGUCAGACCCGGUCAAGUGUGCCAGUGAUGAAUUGAUCGCGUCGGUCUCCAUGUUGUUGACAAUUGAGAUUGCCUCGGGAAAUGUUGAUUAUUUGAAAAUCCACCUGGCUGGCCUACGUCAAAUGGUUGGAAUGCGAAAAGAUUUUGCAGAAGUACCAGCUGAUGUUCGGUUCCAGAUUAAUUGGACGGAUGUUCGAGUCGCCUGUAUGGCCAUGACGAAACCCAUCUUCCCCUUUGUCCAUUGCGCUCGUCCACAGAAUUUGACCCUUGUCCCCCCCAAUGACGAUAUUGCUCAGUGCGCGACGCGACUUCUGCCCCUCUUGAACAUCACGGGCGUCUUCAGUGAGACGUUCUCCAAAACAAUUUACCAUUUCCUCGAGCUUUGCUGGUACGCCGAAUGGGUCAAGGGUGGCGGCACAACCAAAGAAUUCGACGAAGAGACAGAGAAUUACUUCAAUGUCGAGGUACUCUCCAUUGAGUACUCCCUUCAUGCCGAUCGAUAUACAGCCACCGGUCAAAUCAAGGGAGAUAACUCCAUCGAAGGCUGCACGCGCCUCGCCUGCCUCUGCUUCCAUACCAUGUACAUGUGGGGCUUCUAUCCUCUACUGGCACCUCUCAUGCCCAAACCUAUUCUUGCGCUGCGCGCUGCGCUAGAAGCAACGAUUCCCACUGGUCUCUUCGCACUAUGUCGCGAUUUAUUGAUCUGGCUGCUCUUUAUCGGCGCAGCAAGCAGUCAAGUCAUGCCUCAGGAGAGAGCGUACUUUGUGGAAGAGCUAGCCAAAGCUGCGAAACUGUACAACGUCCAUACUUGGCAAGAGUGCCGUACGAUCUUACUUGGGUUCUUCUAUGUGGACCGGGUACUUCUUGUCAUUUUGAGACAAGUGUGGCAUGAGGUUGAAAGAACAAUGGAUACGGCUCUCGAAGAGCCUUGCUGA